AUGAGCACUCUCAGGCCAUUGCGUGGCGGCUGCCAAUGCGGCCGCAACCGUUACAUAAUUGCUGUUCCUCAGAAUGGUAUCAAUGAGGCACAGGUUCUCUUCAACACCGAGUCUGCACAUCAGAUACCUCUUGCAACUCCACUGGCUGCCUAUAUCCGAGUUCCGCUUUCAUGGUAUCAUAGUACCACCUACUCUUUCUUCCCGGACGAGACACACGCCUUGAUCCGACGAGUUUAUACACACCCUAGCCAACAAUACUCAAAACGUCACUUCUGCGGCUACUGUGGCACACCACUGUCCUACUGGUCCGAAAACCCGCAUACCGAGGCUGAAUUCAUCAACCUGACUCUCGGAAGCUUGCUGAGGGAGGACUUGCGAGAUCUGGAAGACAUGGGACUGAUUCCAGAAGAGGAAGAUGACAAAGCCCCAGCAGGCCGGUCACCGGCAGUGGUUGGUAGGAACACCGCAUUGCGCCAGUCGUAUGGAGUUCCGUGGUUCGAUGGCAUGGUCGAAGGAACGCGCCUAGGUAACAUGCGCCGAAGCCAAGGUGUCAAACAAUCUCACGAUGGCCAAGUCAAGGUCGAGUGGGAGAUUGUCGAGUAUUCCAACGGCGACGAAUCGAAGGCCCCAACGGAAGAAGAUAACGAUAUGGAGAUGUCGAACCCCGGAAAGCGAAAGCUACAGGACAGGGACGACUUGGAGGCAUGCUGUUGGGAACUAGGAAGGACUGCUGACUGA